GCCAGUUCGAGAAAGGGGAACAAAAUGUGGUGUCGACGCAGAACAAAUUAAUGCAGCGCCUCGGUUUGUUGAUAAGCAGCGACUACGGUUGGACAUUCAAAUGAGGAGCUGAUAGUAGUAGUUAACACUGUUUGAUUGGGUCAGAGUUCAUUUCUGCCGGUGUCAAGAUGAGCAAAGUGCGCAGCGUGGUGAACAAACUGCACGAACGCAUAGACUACUUUAUUGAAAAAUGUCCCAACAUGACUGCAGCGCCAUACAACUACAACUAUAUCUUUAAAUACAUCAUCAUUGGUGACAUGGGCGUGGGCAAGUCCUGCCUGCUCCACCAGUUCACCGAGAAGAAAUUCAUGGCCAAUUGUCCUCACACCAUUGGCGUGGAGUUCGGCACACGCAUCAUUGAGGUGGACGACAAAAAGAUCAAGCUACAGAUCUGGGACACAGCGGGUCAGGAGCGAUUCAGGGCAGUGACACGCUCCUAUUACCGUGGAGCAGCUGGUGCGCUGAUGGUCUACGAUAUUACCAGGCGCUCCACGUACAAUCACCUGAGCAGCUGGCUUACCGACACUCGCAAUCUCACCAAUCCCAGCACUGUGAUCUUUCUCAUUGGCAACAAAUCGGAUCUGGAGAGCACUCGGGAGGUUACCUACGAGGAGGCCAAGGAGUUUGCCGACGAGAACGGCCUAAUGUUUCUCGAAGCGAGCGCUAUGACUGGCCAGAAUGUGGAGGAGGCUUUUCUGGAGACCGCACGCAAGAUUUACCAGAACAUCCAGGAGGGUCGGCUCGAUCUGAACGCCUCCGAGUCCGGAGUUCAGCACAGGCCAUCGCAGCCGUCGCGAACUUCGCUGAGUAGCGAGGCUACGGGCGCCAAGGAUCAGUGCUCGUGCUAAAUGAAUGAUGGAACCUAACUUUACGCAAAACCUAGUUAUACAAAUCAACUUUUAUUUUUAGCCGACUCGUAAUCUACCGAUGCCCAAGCAAAAACCAAUGUAUGUAGUUAAAUAAUUCGAUUAAGCAUCAAUGUGUGAGCCAACAACAGCGACAGCAACCACAAAAAAAAAAAAAAACAGAAAAAGAAAAUAUAAAGUCCUUUCGCUUAAUAAGACGCAAGCAUUGCAACAUUUAUUGUAUCGGUUAAGCAUAAAUACUAGAAAAUUAAACAUGUUUGUUGGCGCAAACUAAAGUUUUGACCAUGAAAUUUCGAAAAGUUUAUCGCACUAACACCAUCCUUCGGUCUCAAUUUAUAGAUGAAUUCGUUUGAGAUAUAGAUCAUGUUUUUGUUGGCUGAUGAAUCCCUGUAUAUAAUAUAUAUAUGUAUGAAUUUUUGUAUCUCCCUAAUUUUUUGUUGAGUAUUUGUUGUUGUCGCGUGCAAGAAUUGGAGGAAACGAUCAAUGUUAUAUGAAUAUUUACGAUGUAUUAAUGGCAUAAUGCAAUAGGAAAUAAAUAAAAUGGUAUUUAUAAAACCCCUACC